CUCAGCGGGUAUCGCUUCCAGCGCCUCUUUGUUCUGGCAGAGGCGGCGGCCGGAGAGUGGAAUUCGGGUGGAGAUUGGCAUCCGGAGCCGGAGCUCAGGGAAGGGACCGCGGGCAGCGCUCGGCAGGCACGGAUCGUCGGUAGAGAACAAUUUGGCAAUAGCCUUGAUCCUGCAGAAUCUCCAAUUAUCCAUUCAUCCCGUGAACCUAGGUGCGUGAAAAAUGGAGAGUUACGAUUCUGAGGCCGUCAGCAAGGUAACUCAGUGGCAGAACAGCUACAUUGACUCUGGCAUUCACUCAGGCAUGAAUACCAAUGCCCCCUCGCUAAGUGGCAAGGGCAAUCCUGAAGAUGAUGAAACAUGGAAGCAGGGAAGCUAUACAGUCACAACCACCACCUACACAACCACUCAAUUGCCAGAUAUGGAAGAGCAACUGGCCUCUACCCGUGGGCAACGUGUGCGUGCAGCCAUGUUCCCAGAAACCCUGGAGAGUGGCACCCGUAUCCUGUCCACCCAGAUCGAUCCCGGCCAGGAGACAAAUGUGCAGAAACUGUCGGAAUCUUCACAAAUGCUGAAAGCCGCCAUUGUCCAGCUCAUCAAUUAUCAGGAUGAUGCGGAACUCGCGACUCGCGCCAUUCCUGAACUCACCAAACUACUCAACGAUGAAGAUCAGGUUAUAGUGAGCAAGGCGACCAUGAUAGUUAACCAGCUGUCAAAGAAAGAUGCCUCAUGCCGAGCUCUGGAGCAGUCGCCCCAGAUGGUUGCGGCAGUUGUCCGCACUAUGCAGAAUAGCAGUGACUUGGAAACAGCACGGCACGCUGCGGGUAUCUUACACAACUUUUCUCACCACCGCGAUGGUAUGCUCGCCAUCUUCAAAUCGGGUGGGAUCCCUGCAUUGGUCAGGAUGCUGAGCUCUCCUGUCGAGUCCAUCUUGUUCUAUGCCAUUACAACCCUCCACAACCUGCUGCUGCACCAGGAAGGAGCAAAGAUGGCUGUCCGUUUGGCUGAUGGGCUCCAGAAGAUGGUUCCUCUGUUGAAAAAGAACAACGUGAAGUUCCUUGCCAUCACCACAGAUUGCCUACAGCUUUUGGCUUAUGGGAAUCAGGAGAGCAAGCUGAUUAUUCUGGCCAAUGGAGGUCCUGAUGCCCUUGUUCAUAUCAUGAGGACCUACAAUUACGAGAAGCUAUUGUGGACCACAAGCCGUGUAUUGAAAGUUCUGUCUGUCUGUCCCAGCAACAAGCCUGCAAUCGUUGAAGCUGGGGGGAUGCAGGCACUGGGCUCUCACCUGGGCAGCUCCAGCCCCAGGCUGGUUCAGAACUGCCUCUGGACAUUGAGGAAUCUCUCUGAUGCAGCAACAAAACAGGAAGGGCUAGAUAACCUUCUCGCCACCCUGGUCCAGCUUCUGCCUUCAGAUGACAUUAAUGUGUUGACGUGUGCCACUGGCAUCCUCUCUAAUCUCACCUGCAACAAUGCAAGGAAUAAGAUGGUGGUGUGUCAGGUAGAUGGUAUCGAGGCCCUGGUCCACACAGUACUGAGAGCGGGCGAGAAGGAGGACAUCACCGAGCCAGCAGUCUGUGCUCUCCGGCAUCUCACCAGCAGACACCCAGAGGCUGAGAUUGCCCAGAACAAAGUGCGCUUCAAUUAUGGCAUUCCUGCCGUGGUCAAACUUCUCAAUCAGCCCUUCCAUUGGCCACUGAUAAAGGCCACUGUUGGACUUGUCCGUAACUUGGCGCUGUGCCCAACUAAUCACGCUCCUCUACGGGACAGUGGUGUCAUUCCCCGACUUGUCCAGCUCCUGGUGAAAGCUCACCAUGAAACACAGCGACAAGUGUCUGGAGGUGGCCAACAGCAAUACAUGGACGGAGUACGAAUGGACGAGAUCGUGGAAGGCUGCACGGGAGCGUUGCACAUUCUUGCUCGGGAUCACAUCAACCGGGCUGAAAUCACCCGGCUCAACACAAUUCCACUAUUUGUCCAGCUUCUGUACUCUCCUGUUGAAAACAUCCAGCGUGUUGCCGCUGGUGUCCUGUGUGAGCUCGCGCAGGACCGGGAAGCAGCAGAGAUAAUCGACCAAGAGGGAGCCACAGCGCCCCUCACUGAGAUGUUGCACUCCUUAAACGAGGGUAUUGCCACCUAUGCUGCUGCUGUUCUGUUCCGGAUAUCGGAAGACAAGCCUCAGGAUUACCGGAAGCGCCUGUCGGUUGAAUUGACUAGCACGCUCUUUAGAAAUGACCCAGAGGCCUGGGAUGUGGCUGAGCGACUGAUGGCUGCAGAUGCUUAUCACGAUGUACUUCUCCCUCCACCUGCUGAGUCCAGCGUGCAUUAUGGAAACCCAGAGGCUGAGCUGGACGUGGACCAUGAGCUGAUGAAUGCUCCUGAUGGGCUGUACUCAAUGGGCAGACACGUGUCAGUACCAGAUAUGGAUGAACACUUGUGUCGAAGGUAGACGUCACAUGAAUCAUUCCACAAGCCUUGAACUGCGGUUGAGGCUCAGGAGAGAUCAGCGAAACUGCUUUUAACAGAGUGUUGGUGAGGCCAGAGACUGGGAUGUUGAAUAGAAGUGCCUAACGCAUCAAGGAAAACCUGCGGGAAGCAUUAUCAGAAGCCUUUCAGUGUGGGACUAAUUGAGGAAAUUUUUGGUGUCAGGAAAAAUUUCAGUGAGCAAACUCCAAUCCGUCUAAAGGUUUCAGUUCUGUUUAACCAGCUUCUCUAUAACAUGAUCUUCAAAGGAAAAUAUCCUUCUCUGGAAAACCCUUUUCUCAGCUGAGACAGCUACAUUUUACCAAAGCAUUUUUUUUUAACCAGCUUGAUUCAUGUUUUAGAAAUGUUAGGGUUACAUUUAUGUAAACUGCUUUGACUCUUUCUUUCUAGUUAGCACAGAUUAAGUGAGUGUCCUGUGAAGACAGCUGCUGCACGCUACUUGGUGAGCUUCUAAUUCUUCUGUACCAGUCCCCAAGGGAUUCGCUAAAAGCAUCAAAAAUAAACUUUCAUUCUCAAUCUGUAAUUUA